UCCUACUUCUUUCAUGUCUUACUUUCUUCUUUUCUUCCUUUUAUCUUCACUUCACUUCGGAUUCGGAUCACGAUCCUACUCCUACCUCUAUUUACUCAGGAACUAAUUAAUACGCUCUUCAUUCCUCACUUUUUUUUCUUCUCAUUCAGUUCAAUAAUCUAUUGCCUUUUCUUGUCGUAGGAGUAUAAUGGGUGAAGAAUUGGGGCUGCUAAAAGUCAUAGUUGUGCAAGGCAAAAGGUUGGUGAUCCGAGACUUCAAGAGCAGUGAUCCCUAUGUUGUGCUCAAACUAGGGAACCAGACUGCAAAGACCAAGGUAAUCAAUAGCUGCUUGAAUCCUGUUUGGAAUGAAGAGCUGAAUUUCACUCUGACUGAACCCUUGGGACUUCUGAAUUUGGAAGUAUUUGAUAAAGAUCUUUUGAAGUCUGAUGACAAGAUGGGAAAUGCUUUCCUCAACCUUCAACCAAUAGUCUCUGCAGCCAGAUUAAGAAAUAUUUUAAGAGUCUCCUCUGGUGAGACAACAUUGAGGAAGGUCAUACCUGAUGCUGAAAACUGUCUUGUCCGUGAAAGCAGUAUCAACUGUGUUAAUGGUGAAGUGGUGCAGAAUGUUUGGCUAAGGCUUCGUGGAGUAGAGUCUGGGGAACUGGAAUUGACGAUCAAGUUGGUCACACCUGUUGCUCCAGCAACAUAGUGCAGAAAUUGCAUGUGUCCAAUGUGUAGAUCUCUAACAAGAUCAUAAUUAUAACAUUCUAUGUGUAGUUGACUCUUGCUUUUGAUUAACUCCUGCAUAGAUGUUUCUACCAAAAAUGAAAAAAAAAAAUCAUUAAUAGAUGCAUAUUGCAGCUAAAUUUAGCAGUGAGUUGGUGAUACCUCAUCCCCCAGUUAGAUAAAAGCCACUAGAAGCUGCAUUUUCAAAUCAACAAGUAGUGAUUUAUGGCUUCUUUGGGUUUUAUGGUGUGUUUUGUAGAAAAUUUGUCCUUCAUUUUAGCUAUGAGCAUUCAUUGGGUAUUGCAUAAGUUUUGAUGCUAUUGUAUUGAUUUUGAUAUAAGAAAAGAAAAGUUGUAAUGCGUUUGUUUCAAUUAUUUUUUUUUUAAAGAAAUGAUAUUUUUUAACUUGUG